AUUAAAUUUUUAGUAUUAAAAAUCGACUUGCGGACUAUCAUUGAGCUCCACAACACGGACAACUCGGAAUCCUGAACCCCUUCCCUUGUCAAGUCUCCCACCCUACCCCGGACCUCUUCCACCGACUGCACCCCUCCGAAUCUAUCCGGGCCGCACCCCUAUGUGGUGUGUGGUUUGCCCUAACAAGAAUGAGAAAAAAUUAAAAAAAACGAAGAAGCAAAAUUUGUGUAGGUUUGCCAAAUCCCUCAAAAAUCGCGCCCAAAUUUCGCAAUUCAAAAGAUUAAGGCGGGUUUCCUCAUUUUCUCUCUAUCCUUCUUUACUCUUCACAAUUUCCCACUGCUCCUCUUUUUCUCCAAUUGAGGAAACCCGCUGCAGCUUAAUCGCCAUAUAACUCUUCUUCAAGGUUUGUGAAUUUGGAUGCUGAGAAUUCGUUGCGGUUCGGAAAAUUUCGGAAUUAGGUUGUGAAAUUUUGAUUAUGGCUGAAGGGAGUGGAUCUCGUGGGCAGAGUAGGUCGAGGCCAGCUCUAGGUGACGUCACGAACCGGAUUGGUAAAAGGGGGUUUUCAGCGAGAGAGAAAGAUGAAGGAAGAGGUUUCGAUUUCAGUGGUAAAGAUACAGUUAAGAGGGUUUGUGUUUCGCCCCGGUCGUGUUCUGGUCUCUCCAAAAUACCCGUUGAAAACAGAGAAGCUAAUUUGAAGGGGGGGAAUGAUGUAAUUGGCAGCUUCAAAUUUAAUGAUGGUAGUGAGAAAGGCAAGAUUUUGGAUCUUAGGGGAGCAAAUGUUGUUAAUGUGAGUAUUAAUGAGUUGGAUGUUAUUGAUGAUGAUGGGUCGAGUAACGGUUGUGAUGGAGUAGCAGGAUUAAAUUGCUUAGAUCCUGAUUUGGAAAAUCUUGAAGGAGAGGAGGGUUUGAAUUCCGUAGAUGGUUGCAGCCCUUUAGACUCAUUGAAGGAAAACAAGAUUUCUGGAACUGCUGAUGAGCUUGGUGAGAGUUCUCAUGCUGACACUUCGCGGACAGUGAGUGAAACUGGUGUCGAUUUUCUUCAUGAUGGGGAAGAGAACAUAAGUCCGGAAGGGGCUCAGGGUGAACAUAAUCAUUUGGAUGAUCAUAAUGCUGAUAAUUUUGUCCUCAGUCAGUCAGGAUCUGUUGAUUUCACAGCCCUGCCUCAGUCUCAGGAAUCGAGAGUGUUUGGAAUAGAUAAAGGCAAGAAAGUGGAGGAGGAUGAAUGUGCCCUUAUGACCGGAGGGAGUAAAGCUAUCAAUGCUUGUUCUUGCUCUUUUUGCUCAAAAGCUCAAUAUAUAUGGUUGGACCUCCAUCAGAAGGACAUUAAGGCUCGAUUAUCAGCAUUGAAAAAGAGUCAGAAAGAUGCUAGCAUAUUGGCUGAAAGAAGUAGCAGGAUGAAGGUCAAUGAGAAACACGGUGGUGAUAGCUCUAAGUUGGAAUCUCAUCUGAUGAAUCAGUGGAGAUCUCUCUUUCAGCAUAUGUCGGACAUAUGGGCAGCAGAAACUAAUCAGCUUGAAGCUAGUCUAUUGCCACUGAACAAUCUAAAAGACAAAUGCAAAGUGGAGAUGGAGUUGAAUAAUGCUAAGCUGCCAGAAAAUCAUUAAGCGUGUUGUGGAGACUCGAAAUUUCUGUGAGAUGAGUUUUUUUUUUUUUCUAAUCUUGCUCCUAUCAUUUAUUAACUAUAUCAACAUUUUAUUCUUGCACUUUAGAUAGGAAUUUUGUUGUACUUCUAUAUGUAAACAUACUGAAAUAUCUUCGUUGUUGUUUCUAUCGUUAUUCAGUAAGUUUUAUCUGGAAUACUCGUACAAUCGAUUAUAGUUUGUGAAUCCCCAUCUUCAUGUUA